AUGGCUAUUAUCAUUACUUCACCAACUUUCACUAACUGGUUUUCUGGAACAAUUGAAGCUCUUUCUUUCAAGGUUUUUACUGUCAUUGGGUGUUGUGCAUUUGAGAAAUUCAUGAAAGUUAUGGAGAGAAUUUUUUUAGCUGUAUUCAUUUUUGUUCUAGCACUAGGAGGUUCAAUAAUUGGAACAAUAGGAGGAGCUAUCAAAGGACAAACCACAGAAACUGGUUUUCUUGAUGGAGCUUGCAGAGGAGCAAUUGCAGGAGCCAUUGCGGCCGUAGAGUUUAUGAGUUUUGCUUCUGUUGGCGAGCCUUUUUCUAAGGUAGCUUUGUUGACAAGUUUAUUAAAUGGAAAAGUGUUUAUGGAAUGGAUAUGUCCAACUGUUGCACAAGCUUAUAUAAAUUCAGUAGAAACAACAUAUGGAGGAGGAGUGGUUUCAGAUAUUUAUGACACCAUGGGAGUUAAAGGAAUGUCACAAACUUGUAUUAUCAAACUUCCAUUUCAUGAAUUCAGUUCCUCCAACAAAAUGAUGAAAUUAUACAAUGAUUCAUGCUGCUCCAUUUGCUUCCAGGAUUUAGAGGAUGGAGAAUUGGUGAGAGUACUUCCAAAAUGCAGUCAUGUUUAUCAUUUAGAAUGCAUUGACAAGUGGCUAUUACAACAAGGAUCGUGUCCUAUUUGUAGAACUUACAUUCUUCAAUAG